AUGGACUGCUGCUGCUCCUCCCGCGUCUUUGAAUUUGCCUUCAUUGCUUUGUGGACCAUCGGCGGCGCGGCUAUCAUCGUCUGCGCGGUCGUGCGUCCACCAGUGGCCUACACGGGAGCCGGCGGCACCACGUUCGGGUACAUCCUCCUCUCCAUCAUCCUCGUCACCUGGAUAGCCUUCGGCGCCAAUUUGUGCCGCCUCGGUUUCUGCCCGCUCAUGUCGUGGUCGGAGCUGGCCAACCCUCUCGGCGCGCUCCAGUGGUGCCGCCGCGGGGUCAGCCGGCUUCUCUGCCUAUCGUGCCGGUGGGGACGCGCCGCACGCGGCAAGCUAUGGCGCUGGAGCGGCGGCGUUUCCGCUGAUCUGCCGCAGUUCGUGGUGCAAAGAGGAAGUGUUCCCGAGCCGCCGGCGCGCGAGCUCACCGCGGACGACAUUCCGGCGUGCGAGCAGGAGGAGGCCGCAGAGCGGCCGGGCGCCGCCUCGGGGUGUGCGGUGUGCCUCGGCGAGAUGGAGAAUGGAGACAUGGUUAAGCGGCUGCCGGCGUGCUUGCACAUGUUCCAUCAGCACUGCAUCGACGUCUGGCUGCGCGGCCACUCGACGUGCCCGGUCUGCCGGUUUGACGUUUUUGCCCCGUUGCCGUCUCAGUUUGCAUGA